AUGCACUGGCUGAUAUCCCGGAGCCUUGUCUCUUCCUCGUACCGUUGGGUGUCUCUCGCCGGCGUCCUCCGUUCAUCCUUAACUCGUCAGCUUCACUCUUCCCGGAUACCUCGGUGAGUUUUCGUCAGUCUUACUUGGUCCGGUUUAGUUGGUUUUGCUCUCUCUCUUCCUCUUUCUCGCCUGGUCAUUUAUACCAUUUCCUACCUCGCGUCUUGAAAACUAUGACCAUAGGUUCUCGUCACAGUUACACUUUGAUGUGUUAUGAAAAUUUUCCAUAGUAGUUACUCCUUUGCAGUGUUCGGCACCUACUUUCUUCCUGGCUUCUAGUGGAAAACAGUAUUCCAAAUGGCAAGUCAAUUUUAUUAGUCAUUCUUAAUGGGUUUUUUUUUAAAGAUGAGCUAUUCAAAUUAUCAAUUCAGUUUUAAUGUUUUUAGGUAAUUUUUUUAGGAAAACCUUUUCAGUGAUUCUAGAAAUCAUCGCUGGUUGAUAUUAUUUUUUCACGUGCUUUCAAAUUCUGCUGCAGACUGACAGAGAGGAAAUGCUUCUUUAAGGCUCAAAAGGUUUUUAAAGGGGCAUCUAAAACAAGCAAAAGACUGAAAGAAUCAAAAGUUCUUUGCGAUGAUGAAAAACAUUCUCAUAUUGUUUGGUGGAAAGAGGUUUGUGUUAGGACUUUCUUGUGUGAUGUUGAUGCAUGCGUGACUGAACAUUUGUUUUCUAACGGUACGCUUUUGUUCCUCAGAGGAUGCAAAUGUGCAAGAAACCAUCUUCUGUUCAGCUUACUCAACGACUUUGUUAUUCUAAUUUAUUAGGUUUGGACACCAGCUUGAAAAAUGGAAGGUGAAUACUGUUUGAGGCUUUGUGCAUGUUAUUGGUACAGUACUCUGCUUAAUUCUGUUUCAUGAUAUUGAUACACGGUUGCAUAUCCUAUUAACGCUUUUGGGAUAGUGAUUUUUAAAAUGUUAUGAUCGUUCACAUUACUGGGUUUGAAUCAACUUUCUUAACGGAAUAUAAUUUUUUUCCUUUUAUUACACUUGUGCUACUUUUGAAAGUUUUGUGCUGACAUGGCAUCCCUCAUUUCCUGGCAGGUUUUUUUGGUCCCUGCCCGUAGUUGGCUCUUUCCUGCGCUUAUCAUAUCAUUUCCUUGUUGAUAGAUUAAGUAUGAACCAUAAUGUGGUGGAAAUGUGUUGUUUUGUUACAGAGAGCAGAAAUUCGAGUGGGUUUUUAUUCUUGUUCCUUCUCUGGUUAAUGCUGAUGCGCAAAAGAUAAUACAUGGUUGCUAGGGAGGACCUACGUUGAGAAUUUUUUCUAAUGCGACCCUGACAAACCAUAAUGGGUCUGAGCACAAUUUAUUAUCCUUAUCUUCACUUGCGGCCUUUUCCUUAUUUACUCUCCAUGUCUCAUGCAUAUCUGAAGUUUUAAAUGGAGAUUCAUUCAAUAUAAAAAAUGUUAACUGACCGGUGAAAGUAAAAAUAUUUCAUAUUUUUUGACUCGUCAUUCGUAGUGACUCAGAUCAACUUGCUGCAGUUCAUUUGAAUCUUUAAACACCUUGUUCUAACAAUAAGUUCGUUUAUCAGUCUCUUGCUUUGAUAUAUUGUUGUUCCUAACGGGUUGGGUAUUUUCAUGUUUAAGAUUUAUCUUUAUUUUAUUCUUCUCUUCGCUUUGGUGAGACACGAUAUGCUUUCAUGUUCUUACUCUUUUCUUUGUGGAAUGCUUGGCUGUUACGUACUGAUUCCCCUUAAACAUGUUUUGUGUAGCCUAAAGGAUGGAAAUCUCAACUCGGAGUUACUGCAGUUUAAAGAAAGGUUUCCACGUGAAGUUUUGCUAUGUAGAGUAUGUAACUCAUGACUAUUUUAUUUACUCUUUUAUGUCGUCAAUGAUGUUUAUGAAUUUCCAAUUUGAUUUGAUAAGUGUAGCACAUCUCACGUUUUGGACCUAGGGUGAACAGGACAGCGUUAGGUGUUCGUUUGAAAUUGGAAGGAUUCUUUUCUUGAGUUCUGCAGUCACACUUUUAUCAAUUCAGAUAACGUAGUCCAUUUAAGUUUACCUUAAUAUGUUAUUGAUAUACGUAUAUUUAUUAUAUUUGUGCUGUGACAAGAGAUUGGAGGCAUCUUGUGAUUUAUGUCAACACUAUAACACACAUAUAUACAUGAAAAGUGGGACAGCGGAUUUUCCUCCUUUUGCUAAUUAGACCAUCCCUAAAAUGAUAGAAUCCUAAAAGAUUAUUUAUAACUGCAUCAAAAGAGCCUCUUAGACAGAGUAUGAUAUUCCUGACCUUCACAGGACUAAAGUUACAAACUUACAGACAGCCUUCGUGGGUGAUCUUUUUAAGACGUGUGUGUAUAAGGUAAAGGUAGAUUUUUUGAGGAACAUUUUUUAAAAGGGCAGAUGUCAUCGGGCUGUGUUAGUUCAUGUGCUGUUCUUUCAGUAGGAUUUUUUUUCUUUUGCUGACUUUAGCUUGUGUUGAUAUUUGAAAUACUUUGUUUGGGACAAUUUUUUGUCUUGUAUAAUCUAGUAUUCAUCUAGAAUUUUUUCUUAAUGAUAAUUUGUUUCUUUUAGGUUGGAGAAUUUUAUGAAGCGGUUGGGUUUGAUGCAUGUAUUCUUGUCGAGUAUGCUGGCUUAAAUCCUUUUGGUGGUCUGCGUUCAGAUAGUAUCCCUAGAGCUGGGUGCCCUGUUGUGGUAUGAGUUUAUCUAAUCUUGCUAUUAGUUCAUUAAAUCUUGCAAGUCUCUCUACACUGCUCCAUGAUUAUGCCAUUAGCAGAAAGGUUGUGAUUGAAAACGCAUCAUGUAGAAUUGACUUUCGAAAUUAAGUUGAUUUUUCAUUCUUGCUGAGAAAAUUCUUUAUUCCACUUUUUGGUGUAUUUUUGUAGCCUCUGUUUCAUCUAUUAUACUUCAUUUCACUGUUUCAGUGAAGAGACUUAACUAUGCUUCAAGGAUAAAAAUGCAACUAACAUUGUCCAUUCCUUGGGUUGUUUUUGUUACCCAGUCUUUUAGGGGAGGUUACAUUCUUCACUAUCACAAUUUGGAAGGAAUUCUUCAUUCUUAGAAUGGAAAUUCCAUUUGGUUGACUCAUUGUUAAAUGUUUUCUGGGAAUGAGAAUGAGUUUACCCAGUAUGCCCUCUCUAAUGGGAUUUUUCUUCUUUCUUCAAAAUGCUUUCCCAUGUUUUCAAUCAAAAUAACUCUACAUCGUGUUGGUCAAAAUGGUAUUAAAAUAGGUCAAACUCUCUCAACCGUUGGUACCCAGUCUUGUAAGGUACACCACAUUCUCCACUCAUAUUUCGGAGGUUACUUCAUUCUUGUACAGAAUACCAUCUAACAUAAUCUUCGUAGAAUGCUUUCCCCGAGUAUAUUCUUUUUUGUGCAAGUUUUCAGCCUAUUGUAGCGUAGUCCUCAUAAUUUCAGUGAAAAUAUAAUUUUAAAAUGUUAACAAAGUUCUAGACAUGAUCAUAAGCCGAUCAGAUAUUGCAGAAAUGUUUACAUUUGUGUGAUUAUAAAAGUUGUCACCUCGUAAAAGAGUAUGUCAAGCAAGAGUUUUGGUCAUGGAAGCAUUGUACUGGUUCUUGCAUCUCAGUAGGAGACGCAUGAUGAGAUGAAAACAGUAUCAGAUGCUAUGAGCGUCUUUGUUUUUAAAUUAAUAGAGGAGAUGAUACAUCAGUAUGUGAAUCUGAGCAUACAAUUAUUUACAAUACCUUGGUUGAUGUUAUUUCAUUUUCUGGCUGAAAGCAACAAGUCGCUCCUCUACUAGUUUGCACGUAAAUAAAAGCCAGAAACGUAUCAGGAAAAGUGAGAAUCUCGCAACAUACAGAGACUGUUAUCUUAAUAGAGGGAGUGGCUUUUAACGUAAAGAUACUCUGACCUCCUCACUAGCCAUACUCUUCUUCGUUGGAGUUAAACCUAUCCUCUUUUGAAGGCAUUUGCAAAGUGAUCACAAAGCCAGUACAGAAUUUCUUGUUCCCCAUUUAAGGUAUUUUUUUCGAGAAUGGGUGCUCAAGAUAACCCCUUGAUAUCUUGAAGAACAUUAAUCUUAUUCUAUGGCAUAGUUCAAUUUUCGCGAGAUGCAUUAGUCAUGCAUGUUACCUCUGCAUCAUUGAUUAAUAUUUUUCCUUUGCUAUUUAAUUGUCCUUCCCUCUCAAUAUUUUUAAGCUUAUCAUUUUCUUUAUUUUCGUUGUGUAUGGGCUCAUGUAUGUGCGUAUGUGUUCCUGUGCGUUUUCACAUUUUCUUUGGUUAAACGUCCCGUUCCAAGUUUCCAGUAUUUUUUCUUGUGAAGAUUAUCUGUCAUUCAUAAUUGUUCCUUCCAAUUCAACAAAAUAUCAAUGCUUUGCCUUCUAAAAAAAGUGUUUCUAUUGCAGAACUUGCGCCGAACAUUGGAUGACUUGACUCGUAAUGGGUAUUCUGUGGUGAGUAGCAUGAAUUAUUUAGAUCAGUUUUGUUCUUCAUCUUUUGCUCUGUUCAAUCAAAGAGCUGGAUAGGCAAAACAAACUCUUCACUUUUCUAGGUUCUGUGGAAUAUUUCUCUUCAUGCUCACAAAUUUACUGUUUUUUCUGAUACAUGAAAAGAAAACUAGUUUUGCAAUCAAAAUAUGAAAGCUCAAGAGAAGCUGCAGUAAAUUAUCUUUGCAAGGGGAAAUGAGAAAACGCAUAAUACUUGUUAGUGUGCUGCAAGGAGUAUAAAAGCACAGAGGUCUUGGAUAGCACAGUCCAUGUCAUUAUUUUCUGACGGGUUUUCUCUUUGGAAGAUAAUCUAUGGUUAGGAUGCACAUUUUUUGGGAGAAAGUUGUGGUUCAUUCUUUCUGGUGAAUGUCUUUCUAUUUUUGAUAAAUCGAGUUGAUCUUUUUUCUUAUCAAUGUUAAUUUUCUUGAAAAUGGAAUUGGCCUGGUUUAAGCUCUUAGGACCUUUCUUUUCUGCAUUUUCACAGUGCAUAGUUGAAGAAAUUCAGGGACCAGCUCAGGCUCGUUCCCGCAAAGGUCGUUUCAUAUCUGGGUAAUUUUUUGGCACGUUUCUUGCUGACAGUACUUGCUUCUGAACAGUAUAAUUGCUAUAGUAUGGUUUUGCAACAUUUAUGCUUGUACUCACUCUGCUCUUUUGUAUGUUCCAGACAUGCACAUCCAGGCAACCCUUAUGUGUUUGGACUUGCUGGAUCCAACCAUGAUGUCGAUUUUCCUGAUCCAAUGCCUGUUAUUGGUAAUGGCCCUUGUUACAUUGCAAUCUAAAUAUGUAUAUUUUGGUAGCAGCAAAGCGAUCAUUGAGUUUUCAAUCAAACGAUUUGUUUUAUUAUUGAAGUAUGAAAUUUUCAUGCUUUAAUUUUAUAAUGUGAGUUCGGGGGAGCUGAAAGGCUUCUAAUGUGACCUCAAGUUUAGAAAAAGGAUGAAAAUUGUUAAGUGAUGCCAUUCCUCAUUUAUUGGUGAAUAAAUGCAAUACUGGAGUGAGGGAACUUCCCCUUCGUCAGUCAUUUUCUAUAUGAUGUGGAGGCAUCUUGGAAGGAGCAUCCUAGAAGUGUUCUCUUUGUCUCGUUUUAUAAAUACAUGAUUAGCUGACUCUUUGUGGGUCAACAAAAUAACAUUUAUCAUUACGUUCCGCUGGAUUAUCUUGACAUUUAUGACAGAUAGAGAGUCUCUUUAAACUGUGUUUGCCAUCCGAUUGGCUUCUGCCAUGAGACCUUUCUCUGUGCGCCAUCCUCAGCUGCUCGCUGCCCUGAUGCAUUCUGAAUGAAGAAGCCAAUCAAGAGACUCCAUCCAUACUUCCAGAUGCUCGAGUGCCAGCCUUGAUUUCCCUGUCAAUCCGAACCACCACCUUCCCCUCCUUGUUGCCCAAUGCAAGCUAUCCAGCAAUCCAUUUCUCUGUAGUUUGAUCUUUAGUUUUCCAUUUCCCUGGAAGCAUCUACCUUGUGGGCCUCAGCACAUAGUACAAGGAGUUGCCAUGGGUAGUUUGCCUGAUAUAUAUUUUACAUUCCAUUCUGUUGAUAUAAAAGGAGAAGAAGACAAAAAGGAGGGGUUGACAGCCAAGCUAAAAGGUGGGCUUGUUGGCCCCCGCGAUCUUUUUAUAAAUGAGGCAGACUCUAAAAUAAAUGCCUGCAUGACAGAAUAACCUCCUUUUUAUUGAAAAGUUUAAUUGUCUCUUUCGAAUUGUGAAAUAUUGUUCUAUUGUUUUCAUUUAACCCACUUAGUUUAAUUGCUCAUUCUUUUCAUUUUAUUCUUCUAGGAAUUUCUCGUUCUGCGAAAGGCUAUUCCAUGAUAUCUGUUCUUGAAACAAUGAAAACAUUUUCCGUUGAGGAUUGUCUGACUGAGGAAGCUGUAGUUACCAAGCUUCGUACUUGUCAGUACCAUUAUUUGUUUCUGCAUUCCACUCUGCGACAGAAUUCUUCAGGUUUGACUGUUCUGUUUUCCUUAUGAUACAUUUCAUUUAAGUCUAAGAGGCUCCUAAGUUACAGGUUUAUUUUCAUGUUCUUGGGUGUCAAAAGUAUCAAGACAAUGUCUCCAUUUUUUAAAGUAAUGCUCUAGGUAUAGAUGCUUUUAUUCUUCAGUAAAGUUACAGCUUGGAAUUAGAUGGUUUAAAUAUGUGAGGAGCCGUACUCUAUUUCUUUGUUUCUCUUUUCUUCAUGGGAUAGGUUGGGAACGGUGGGAAUCUCUGUUCUCUACCAGGACGUGAAGGGAAAUCGAUUCAGUGCAUAAAUUUUUUUUUUAAUUGAAAUAACAAAAACCUGCCUUUUCGUUUGUUUUCAAUCUUUGAAAGUUUGUUUUUCAAUAUGAUUCAAACUUGCUCCUACUAGAUUGUAUCAUUUUGAACAUGUCUAGACUAGGUGUUCUGUCUACUGCAUGACAUCAGUUUCCGUCACAAUUCAGUCUUAUUUUACUGGGUAACAUUUUAUAGGCUUUUACAUUUGAUUUAAAACAUGAGCAUAAAUCCUCUUGUCAUGAAAGUUCCUGACUCGCAUGCAGAAAACCUGUUAUCCAGGAACUUGUCGCUGGGGAGAAUUUGGUGAAGGGGGACUGUUAUGGGGUGAGUGCAACCACAAAUCUUUUGAGUGGUUUGACGGGGCUCCUGUUGAAGAGCUUUUGUGCAAGGUAUGUGUUUUGGCUAUUCAAUUUUUUUCCUCGGUGGUGUUCUUAUCUAUCCUCAUUGCUGAACCUUUGUCAUGACAACUAGGAUAGUUUGUGUCAAAUUAGUUCACUGAUAAUUAAGAGGUUAGUCUAUUUGGUUGAGUGAUCUGAACAUGUUUAACAUGCACUGUUAAUGGAAUCUGUCAGAAGCAGGCUCUUAGAAACUGAAAACCAAGUUGCAGUUCUUUCCUCAUCGUCAUGUCUGGCCAAGUUGCAAUUUCUCAUAUAUUUAUAUAUAAAUUUUCAUUGGUUUUAGUUCGCCGUAUUUAGAAUAACAUUUUACCAACAUGAUGCGAUUAUUUGUUUGUUUGAAGGUACGGGAUAUUUAUGGUCUUGAUCAGGAAACAUCAUUUCGAAACGUAACUAUUUCCUCAGAAAAAAGACCCCGCUCGAUAUAUCUUCCGACAGCAACUCAAAUUGGUUAUUAUCCCUACUUUUCUUUUGUUCUUAUCUUUGAUCAUGUGUUCUCUCCAAGCCAUGUUUUCUUCUGGUAGAUAAUUGACCAUUUGUUUCCCCUUCGUAAGCUAGAUUCUUUUGAUAUUUUGUCAAGCAUAUGUUUCCUUCGUUCUGUAGGAGUCAUCCCGACAGAGGGUAUACCCAGCUUAUUGAAGGUUCUUCUUCCAUCGAUUUGCACAGGGCUUCCCGUGCUGUAAGUGGAAUGAUUAACAGCUUUUAUCAUUAUGAUGUUUUCUAGAUUUGCUGUAUUACGAAGCAGAGGUCUUGAUAGAUGAAAUGGUCAAGUAGAGAUAGUGUUAACUGUGGAAGCCGUUCAGUUAUAUCAUUCAAUAUAGUCUGCCACCCAUUCUUUAUGGAUAAAUCUAGCUCUCUAAAGGAUGGGGAAUUUGAGGUGAAACUCUUAUGCAAAUCUUCUAUUAUUUAUAUUCCAUAUGUUAGUCUAUAAAGUAAUGAGAAUGAUCAACUUCCUACACAUGCAGGAUCUUAUCAUUAUAAUAAUUGAAAAAAAUUCUAGAUGCCUGCCUUCAGACAAUGAAAACUAUGAUCAACUACCUGCGAAGUUUGUGUCGAAGUUAUUACAACCUACGAGUGUGUUCUACAGUUUUAUUGAAGUAGGUACGGAUGCAGAAAGUCUCUGUAUCAUUCGUCACAAUUUUAAAAUCGUCACUGAUGUAAAGUUUUCUUUGAACUUCAUAUAAUAUUGGACGCUUCUGCUACCUGAAAUCUGGGAAACAGUCUUUGCUCAGGUUUUGGUGAUUGCAUACAUUCUAUAAAUUAGAUACAUAAUCACCCGAAUGUCUAGCAGCCGCAGAUCUCUCUAGAAUCUCACCCCUCUUUUUAUUUUGGAAUUUUCCUCAACGUCACAUAGACUCUUGAUCUCUCUUCAAAUAGAAGACCAUCAGGAUUUGACAAGAGGCUUUAUGUUACAUUUACUACAGUUUGCUAUGAUGGCAUUGACGUAUUUGUCUCCUGUGUGUUUCUACUUAAUGUUGCUAGACUGGGGAUCUCUCAUGGCUUUUUUGGGUGCAUCUCUCAUUUAAUAGGUUUUAAUACGGUAGGUAAAAAAUUUACCAUUUCUUGAACUGAAAUGUAAGGAUUUGAAAAACUAAACACGUUGUGUCUAUUUUUGAUCCAGUUUUUACUGCUCUGUAGCCAACAGCUUCAAUGACAAAACGCUCCUAAUCACGAUUUUAGCUAAAACAACCAUUUUUUAUUGUAUUCUUUCGAACUGAGUGUCUAUUCGCUUCAUAAUUGGUUUUCAUUUCUGUGGAUGUGAUCAUCUGAUUCUGGUAUUUUUCUGUAAGGUCAUACUUUUAUUUCACAUGUCUUCUUGUAACUUUCUGCAAAAUUACAGACUUGCGCGUUUUUACUUCAUCCUCUUUCUUACAGUCCCUCUUUUCAUUGACACAGAAACUGCCAUUCAUUUUUUUAUGUCUCAGGUAUUUAAGAGACCUUCUUCUGAACCCUCCCACAUAUGUUAUUGCCUCAGCAAUUCAAGGUAUGAAGUUGUAACUGUUUUCCCUUGAGGUGCGGAAAUAUUUGGCUGUUUUCAAUUCUAUUUUGAUAUUAAAAGAAAUGACCUCUUUUGUUGAGCGUUACUAAGAAUGUCGCCUUGUAGAUAUUAUGCAUGUCUGGUUGAUAUCUUAGCAAAAGAUUGAGAGGACAAUCUUAAAAACGCUCAGUUUAAUGUGUCACGAAGAAAAAGUCAGACAUACAACUCCGAGGGACUAUAGGACACGGCGUCUGUACACAAUAAUAAAAUAUUCAGAAAAGAAAUUAGGAUGGGGCUGAGGUAAGAAAUAUGAAAUUCUGCUGGAGAGCUUGUAGGUAUGAUUGGAAACGGGUGCAAAAGCAGUUUGGACUGCUCAUCCCUUGAAUUAUUUGUCCGAAUCAAUUUGAGUAUUGAUGGAUGAUUAUUUAACCAUCUUUGGACUGGUGCAUGCCAUUACCUCUCUCUAUUUUGGGCCUGAAUUGGCGUGGAUAUGAUUCUAUUCUCUUGACAUUCGUUGCAGCUUCGGAUAUUGUUGGGUUAUGAAGAAUUUUGGUGAGUGGAAAGCAGGUCUUUUGGGUAUAGAGCGUAAAUAAGUGAUUUUUGUUUUCUAUUUUAAAUGGCUCUGGAAGAUUUUCUUUUUCAGACUAUCAUAAAUAUAUUUGACUGUAAAUCUAAUUUUUUUUGCGUUUUUUUUUCCCCCGUUUCUCUCCACUUUUCUGCCUGUUAUGAACGCCUCGCUGAAUCAAAUUCAUUUUUGCAGAAGCAUGCAAACUUAUGAGCAAUGUGACAUGCUCAAUUCCUGAGUUCACGUGCACGUCACCAGCAAAGGUCCUGAAACUCACCCGCACCUCUAGAGUAUAUUGAAAUUCCACCACCUUUAUUUUCUAUUAUAUAUUUACUUCCGUUGACUUUAUCCUUAUAAAUGUCCAGAAUGCUGCACUGCUCUCUGGAAGCUGAAAAUCUCUCUGUUGUGUAAUUGUCAUUUUUUGACUAGUUUACUACUAUCUUAGCAAGUUCGUAUUGUUAGGUUACCAUUAAAUGUUUUGGUUAUUACGUAAACAUAAAUGUACCAUGUCUAUGACAAAUCACUGAUUUGCAGUCACUAUAAUUAUUUACACGUUCACACCACCCUAUAUUUAUGAAAAUAUGUUCUGACUUGAUGAAUAUAUCAGAUUUGUGCUUCUCCUUCCCACCUUAGCACGGCUUUGACUAAGGUGGGAAUAGAUGUCAAUGAGCGGCUAAUAUAAAAACGAGCUGUUGAUGAGUCUACAGGUCAAAGAGAAGAUAAAGAGGCACACAUAUUAUAAUCUAGUAUAUCAAAAAGCAUAGUCCUUCACAUCGAAUCUCUGUCAAUUUCUGGCUAAUGAGUCAACGUGCUCUGCAAAUUAGCCCACCUAACCGCCAAUUAAUGGACAGUUUUUAGCCACUUCAUGCCUAAACCGAAUUUUUUUGGGGGAAUGGAUGAGCUUCUCAUGCAUCUAUUUGGCUGUAUGAAUCUUUCUCCACCUGUGCAAGACUUCCUAAUUUUCUGAUCUUUGUUUUUUGAUUUUUGAGUCACUAUAGUAGCGUCAGUUAUUUGACUUGUCCAAAUUACAUCUCUUACACAUUGAAUGGAUGCUUUGGCAGCUUGUGAAAUUGCUGGAAUCAAAGGAGGCUAAUCAUAUUGAAUUCUCCCGAAUCAAGCAUAUGGUUGAUGAGGUUAUGCUGAUGUAUAAAAACGAUCAGCUUUAUCCAAUUCUACAAUUUUUGAUGGAUCCUACUUGGACAGCAACAGGACUGAGAAUGGAACCAGAGAUACUGGUGAAUGGCCUCCCAUUGUUUAGUGACUAUUUUGUCUAUCCUGUUCAUUCCAAUAGAAAGGAGAAGUUAGUUUUUUAUUGUCAUCAUAUUUUGAAUGGAACAGUCCGUGGAACGAAUGCUUUGUGUUCCAUCAAAGUGUGGUACUGUCAGUCUGGUUUGGAAUCCAGUAGUUCUAUAACCGAUGGUUAUUAGCCGCUAGUGGGAGAUUGCGGGAGAUAAACCCAUGCUGUGUCCAACUCUUGGAUCCUCGUCCAUCUUUCUGUUGGCUUUGAUUUUUUCUGUUUUGACAGAGGACCAUCUGUGAAUUAAACUCUGCAAAUAUCUGACGACUUUUACUUAUGGCGUUGGUUUUUUGUUUUUUUCCUAGGUCAAGGAGUGCGAACUGAUCUCACAAAGGAUCGGUGAAAUGAUUUCUCUAGACGGUGAAACAGAUCAAGGGAUAAGUUCUUUUGAGUUCAUCCCUGUAGACUUUUUUGAAGAUAUGGAGUCCCCAUGGAAGGGCCGUGUGAAGAGGGUUCAUGCAGAGCUGGCUUUUGCAGAAGUGGACAUUGCUGCUGAGGCCUUAUCAAAUGCUGUAUGUAUCGGCGAAUACAAUUAUAUCUUGUCAUAUGAUUUGAGCACUUGACACACUGUGUAUUGUGAUUUAGAGAUAGCUAUGUGGUCAUGAGCAAAAAAGUCUUCAAAGCGUAUGCAGAAAAAAAUGGUCAUGAUGAGGGCAUCAAAAUAACGCUUUAGAUUCUAAUGGCAUCAAUUUUUUAGAAUUUAGUUCACUCUCCAUAGUUGAUCUGAAACCAUGCAACAUCCUCUGUAGUUUACUUUGGUGGAUAAUAAAGAACUUGUACAAAUGUCAUAGCCUCUGCAACUGUAACCACUAUUCUAAGCCACAAUCCUUUUUUCCAUCAUCAGUAAUUUAUCACCUUAUUUUAUCCCUUUUCUCCUUAGGUUAUUGAAGAUUUUGUUCCGAUUAUUUCAAGAAUAAAGGCUGUUGUAUCCCCUCUUGGUGGACCAAGGGGAGAUAUCUCUUAUGCAAGAGAGCAUGAAGCUGUUUGGUUCAAGGGCAAGCGCUUUGCACCAACAGUCUGGGCGGGUACUUCUGGGGAAGAACAAAUAAAACAACUAAAACCUGCCAUGGAUUCAAAAGGUAGAAAGGUCGGAGAAGAAUGGUUUACCACUUGCAAGGUUGAUGAUGCAUUGAACAGGUACAUCUGUGUUUGGUAUUGGUGGUAAUUGUAUUUGUCUAUUCGAUGCAUAUGUUUCAGCAAUCUAUGCUUGGUAUCCUAUGUUAGAGCUUUAUUUUUCUGAUCGAGCUUCAGAGAUAGUUUUCAUUUGUUUAUUUAUUGACAAUAUUUUUUUUUAAUUCUUAUUUCUGAGGAUCCCCUUUUCCCUUGAACUGUAAUAGUUGAUUGCCUUAACCUGUGUUAUUUCAUAUCAGGUACCAUGAGGCUAAUGCUGCGGCAACGGCUAAGGUUUUGGAAAUACUGAAGGGACUUUCCGUUGAGUUGGAGGCUAAGAUCAAUAUCCUUGUCUUCUCAUCCAUGUUGCUCAUCAUAGCAAAGGCUCUUUUUGGACAUGUCUGGUGGGGGGCUUAAACUUCAAUUUUUUUCAACCAGAGGAAUUUUUUUUAUAAUUGUUCUUGAAUAAGCUUUAUAUUCAACAUAGUUUCUUUAAAAUUCAUUCAUUGCUAACUAGCACCUACUGUAUAUAUAAUUUCUAACUACCAGAAUAUAGUGAGGGUGUUUUCCCCCAUGUAUCAUGAAGUGCACAUUCCUCACCAUCUGUCUUCUCGGCUUUUCUUGGGUCACUACACAGUUCUGAGCUCCAUAGGGGGUCUUUCGCAACUGAUCUCUUAGAUUCCAGGAAAGAUUUUCAGCCAAACUCUACGAGAAAAACAACUAGGAACCCUUCUACACUACCUAAGAGGCAAUAAGGCACUGGGCGUCCUGCAAUAUGAAUUGUGCGUAAAUAGAGGACUAUAUUUCAUGACUUGUGAGAAUCACGGUAUAAGAGACGCAAUGUGUUAUGUUUUGUAUGGAUAAAGAAGGUUAGUGACUCGCUAUCACUACAAAGAUGAGGGCCUUAUCAGUUAAUUUCAUAAUGUGGUCUACGUAGGAACAUGAGUUACUUCAUAUACAUUAUACGAUUGGAUUUCAGUUCCUUGAAUGCGCUUAAAAUGUUUUUAGCCCUUCAAUGUGGCUUUUUAGUCCUCAAGUGGGGACAUAGAGGUUAUGUUCUACGCAAAGGAUCUCUAGAAUUUGUGUUACUAAUCUCUCGAGUGGUUGUGCAUAUGAUCCUCCGCAAUCUUUCAAACUUGUAAAUUCAUUUUCUCCAAGGAAUCCAUUAAAUUUUGGCACCAAGGUGAAUCUUGACCUGGAAUGUCUCAAAGUAUUCGCGAACAUGUCUUAAGAUCUUCUGCAGUUGUAGCUGAAAUGUCUAUUCGAGCCUACCUAUUUACACAUGUUCCUUGCUACGACUUUCAAUGAACAUGUUGCCAAUUCAUGGCAUAUUCUAAGCUUCCACACUCCGUUGGCUGUUUUGCAGUGAAGGUCGAAGGAGGAAAUGGGUGUUUCCUCAAAUUACUGAGUUCUGCAGAUCUGAGGUAAGAUACUGCAAGAUGAUGCGUCAUAAUGAGGGGAUGUUUCUGCCCCGUCAUUAACUGGUUAAUGUACAUAUUACAUGUAUUUUCUUCCUUAUAAGAUAUGACUCUAUUUGACACAUAACUUGAAGAAGACAACUCUGAUUACACAAGGCCGUGGUCGGUGUAUUUUUGAACUGAAAAUUAUCUGAUUUAAGAUUCAGAUUGGUCUGACCAAGGGUUCGCAUGUUCUUCUUCAAACACCAGUUUGACCAACAGUUUGGUAGCAUUAUGGUUAUCCAGAACCUCACUAAAGCCCACCUUCUUCAUCUUCUUGAUAAACGGAGAGAGCAUGAGUUUAUUACUUUGUCUUCUUUCUGGAUUUAAGCAAGAAAUCGAACAAUGCCUGUUUGAGGAGCUUCAAAUUGUUGCAGGAUAAAGAGGUUUUGGACGCGCCUAAGAGAAUGGAGCUGAUAGGAUUGUCGCCCUAUUGGUUUGACAUUGCGGAGGGCAGUGGAAUAAGAAACACUGUCGACAUGCAGUCCAUGUUCCUCCUCACUGGACCAAAUGGCGGCGGUAAAUCCAGCUUACUUCGGUCAAUAUGCGCCGCCGCAUUACUCGGCAUUUGUGGGCUCAUGGUCCCUGCGGAGUCAGCUCUUGUUCCUCAUUUCGACUCCAUAAUGCUGCACAUGAAAUCUUAUGAUAGUCCCGCCGAUGGGAAGAGCUCCUUUCAGGUCACUGUUCUUGAACCAGUUGACCUUUUCCCGCUGUCUCUCUUCAUGAUGGCAUAUAAGUAGAUCUGAUUUAGAAAUAAAAUUAAAAAAAUCUGUCAAGAAACCAAGAUUCUUUGUUUCCAUUAUUUCCGUUAAUUUUCUAGAAUUAAUUUGAUCAUUUAUAUUUUCAUAUGCUCGUGUAUAUGGUUGGAUCUCAUUUCUGAUGAAAUAUCUCUGUUUGUUGUCAUCUUCCAGUGAAAUUAAAAGAAAAAAACCCAUUGAAAUAGAAAAUUAUCGAUUUCCGUCAUUUCGGCUAAUUUUCUGGAUCUGAUCCGUUCUUCAUAUGAUUAUGAAUUUUACAUGUACAAAUAUUUAUUUAUUUCUUAUUUGGGAAACCAACCCAAGAAACUCCAUUCAUUAUACAUAUGAUUCUAUGAUACCUUGUACAGAUUGAAAUGUCGGAGCUGCGCUCAUUGGUCACCGGGGCCUCCUCGAGGAGCUUAGUUCUCAUCGACGAGAUCUGCAGGGGCACAGAGACUGCCAAAGGGACCUGCAUCGCCGGCAGCAUCAUCGAAACCCUUGACGCUGUGGGCUGCCUCGGCAUCGUUUCCACUCAUCUGCAUGGCAUCUUUGACCUGCCGCUGUCCGUCAAGAAUGUGGUCAACAAGGCCAUGGGCACAGAGAUCGUCGAUGGCCACGUCAGACCCACCUGGAAAAUGGGAGACGGGGUCUGCAGAGAGAGCCUAGCCUUCGAAACCGCACUCAAGGAGGGCUUUCCGGAGGCAAUCAUCAGAAGGGCCGGGGAGCUGUAUCUCUCCACAGAGAAGGAGAUCUCAGAGAGCAGAGAUACUGGUGAGAGCCCGCAGCUUUCGAAGGUGGAAGCUCUCCAUGAGGCGUCUGCUUCUUCCAAGGUGAGGCUCUUCUCUUCCUCCGGAGGGGAGGAGGGUUUCAGGUCCCGGCAGAUUUUGAUGGAGGAAGUGGAGAAGGCCGUCACUGUGAUAUGCCGGAAGAAAUUGAUCGACCUCCACAAGAGCAAGAUCAUACAGAAUCUCUCUGAGGUUGCUUGCACGUACGUCGACGCCAGGGAACAGCCGCCUCCCUCGACAAUAGGCUCAUCGAGCAUCUACAUUCUCUUCAGACCUGACAAGAGAUUAUACGUUGGACAGGUUCGUCUCCCUCUCUCUCUCUCUCUCUCUCGCUCGCUAAUCUCAGGUGAUUCCUACUUUACGUAAAUUCUCAUAGACUCAACCCAUUAAUAUUCCUUAGCUAUCCCAUUAUCAGACAUGUGCCCUACCCCCCUCUUCACUCCCCCUAUUCUCCUCUCUCUCUCUCUCUCACACACACACAUCUCAGAUUACUUCUACUUUAAGUAAAUUCUCAUAAACUCAACCCAUUAAUAUUCCAUGGCUAUCAUCAGACAUGUGGCCAACCCCCUCUCUUCUCUCCCCCCAUGUCUCUCUCGCUAAUCUCAGGUUAUUCCUACUUUUAAGUAAAUUCUCGUAGACUCAACCCAUUAGUAUUCCAUAGCUAUCCCAUUAUCAGACAUGUGCCCUACCCCCCUCUUCUCUCUCUCUCUCUCUCUCUCUCUCUCUCUCUCUCUCAUCUCUCAGGCUCAUCUCUCUGGUAAGUUCAUGUGAAGGUGGCAAGGGUCAGGCCUUGAGCAUGGUAGAGCCUGGUGUGGAGACCAAAAUUCUGGGCUUUUCUCUGAGCUCAGGCUAACCCUCAGAAUAUUCCAUGCAGACCGACGACCUCUCAGGCAGAGUCCGCACCCACCGCUCGGAGGAGGGCUUGCAGGGCUCUCCAUUCUUGUACCUCCUGCUCCCAGGGAAGAGCGUGGCCAGCGAGAUCGAGACCCUUCUCAUCAACCAGCUCCCCCUCCUGGGCUUCCCCCUCGCCAACAGACUCGACGGCAAGCAUCGCAACUUCGGCACUCUCACCCUCUCCAUCGAAACCCCCCCCCUUACCCCAUCACGCCAAUGA